CAGAAGCGGGGCAGGGUGAGGGGCGCUCAGAGGGACGGCGGGCGGGGGUCCUGGCUGGGGGUCCAAGGAGUGAGGUUUCCGGAGCUGCGCCAUGGACCAGCCAGAGCCACCCGCCCCCGCUCCCAAAGACAACGCGGUGACAUAUGGCAAUGAGGAGGACGAGGGGGAGCAGUUCGACUUUGACAGCGGAGACGAGAUCCCAGAGGCAGAUCGGCAGGCUGUGGGCGCAGACGCCACCUCCGGCUCAGGAGGUGAAGUUGGGAUGGGAGCAGACACAGACGCCCCGGCAGAACCCACCACCCAUGAGGUCCCAACGAGAGUCAACCCCUACUCCGUCAUCGACAUCACGCCCUUCCAGGAAGAGCAGUCCCCGCCCGCAGACCCGGGCCCUGAGGACGACAGCAUGAGCCUGCCUGUGCCCAGUGGGUACUCGGUGCCCGUUCCCUGCGGCUACGCCGUGCCCUGCAACCUGCCACUGCUCCUGCCGGCCUACUCCAGCCCCGUCGUCAUCCGUGCCACGUCCCUGCACGGGGAAGAAACACAAGAGGUAACAGAAGACGGUCAGUUUAAUUCUUUAAGUUCUGAGGAUCCAACGAACAGUGACGACCGGGUGCACAAGGAGGACAGUGCGCUCGCUCGGUGGGUUGCGGACCCAGCCAACACUGCGUGGAUGGAGAAUCCAGAAGAAGCCAUUUAUGAUGACGUGCCAAGAGAAAAUUCAGACUCUGAACCAGAUGAGAUGAUUUACGAUGACGUUGAGAAUGGAGAGGAAGGUGGGAACAGCUCUUUGGAAUACGGCUGGAGCUCCAGUGAAUUCGAAAGCUACGAGGAACAGAGUGACUCGGAGUGCAAGAACGGGGUCCCCAGGUCCUUCCUGCGCAGUAGCCACAAGAAGCAACUUUCCCAUGACCUAACCCGUUUCAAGGAGCACUAUGAGAAAAAGAUGAGAGCUUUGAUGGCAAACACGGUGGGAGCCACAGAGAUGCAGCAGCUAAAGCAGAGACAUGAACUCAAGAUGCAGAAGCUCAUGAAAGCCGCCAAGGAGGGUACGAAGGACGGGCUCGAGAAGACAAAGGCCGCCGUGAAGAGAGGCCGCUCUCUCAUUCGGACCAGGUCCUUCAUGGCUCCAGAUCACAGACCCUGCCUUGAAGAGGAGCAGAAUUUGUUUAUUGAUGUUGACUGCAAACAUCCAGAAGCUGUCCUCACCCCGAUGCCCGAAGGUCUAUCUCAGCAGCAGGUCGUAAGAAGAUACAUCCUGGGCUCAGUGGUCGACAGCGAAAAGAACUACGUGGAUGCCCUGAAGAGGAUUCUGGAGCAAUACGAGAAGCCGCUGUCGGAGAUGGAGCCAAAGAUCCUGAGCGAGAGGAAGCUGAAGGUGGUGUUCUACCGAAUCAAAGAGCUGUUGCAGUGCCACGGCAUGUUCCAGAUUGCGCUGGCCAGCCGCGUGGCUGACUGGGACUCCGUGGAAACCAUCGGGGACGUCUUUGUGGCUUCGUUUUCCAAAUCCAUGGUGCUCGACGCCUAUAGCGAGUAUGUGAAUAAUUUCAGCACAGCGGUGGCAAUCCUCAAGAAAACGUGUGCUACAAAGCCUGCAUUUCUCGAGUUUUUAAAGCAGUGCCAGGAGUCCAGCCCCGACCGCGUCACGCUCUACAGUCUGAUGAUGAAGCCCAUACAGAGGUUCCCACAGUUCAUUCUGCUGCUCCAGGACAUGCUGAAGAAUACAUCCAAAGGCCACCCUGACCGGCUGCCCCUUCAGAUGGCACUGACGGAGCUGGAAACCUUAGCGGAGAAGCUGAAUGAGAGAAAGAGAGACGCUGACCAGCGCUGUGAGAUCAAGCACGUCGCCAAAGCCAUUAACGAGAGAUACCUGAACAAGCUUCUCAGCAGUGGGAAUCGGUACCUCGUGCGAUCUGACGAUAUGAUAGAAACCGUUUACAACGACAGAGGAGAGAUCAUUAAAACCAAGGAGCGCCGCAUCUUCAUGCUGAGUGAUGUGUUAAUGUGUGCCACGGUCAGUGCACGCACCUCGGACAGCAACACGAUAAUGUCAACCAGCCAAAGGUAUUUAUUAAAGUGGAGCGUUCCUCUUGGACACGUGGAAGUAAUAGAGUAUGGCAAUAAUGAUGGUGCUGGAGAAAACAGGUGUCCCCCUGUGCACUCACCCGAGAGCCUGGCGGUGGUUGCCAACGCUAAGCCAAACCAGGUCUGCGUGGGGCCAGGGCAGCUGUAUCAAGACUUACAGAACCUGCUGCAUGACCUAAACAUCGUCGGUCAGAUCUCUCAGCUCAUCGGGAACCUCAGAGGAAACUACCAGAACUUAAACCAGUCCGUGGCCCACGAUUGGACGUCGGGUUUACAGAGGCUCAUUUUGAAGAAGGAAGAGGAAAUCCGUGCGGCGGAUUGCUGCCGAAUCCAGCUGCAGCUCCCGGGGAAGCAGGACAAGUCGGGGCGGCCCACGUUCUUCACUGCUGUGUUCAGUACCUUCACCCCUGCCAUCAAAGAGUCUUGGAUCAACAACCUGCAGAUGGCCAAGCUCGCCCUGGAGGAGGAGAACCACAUGGGCUGGUUCUGUGUGGAAGAUGAUGGGAAUCAGAUCAAGAAGGAAAGACACCCUCUCCUCGUGGGACACAUGCCGGUGACGGUGGCCAAGCAGCAGGAGUUCAAGAUUGAAUGUGCUGCUUACAAUCCUGAACCUUGCUUGAAUAAUGAGGCUCAGCCGGAUUCGCUGUCCACCGCACACGGCUUCCUGUGGAUCGGAAGCUGCACCAGCCAGAUGGGCCAGAUUGCCGUCGUCUCGUUUCAAAACUCCAACCCCAAAGUCAUUGAGUGCUUCAACGUGGAGUCUCGAAUCCUGUGCAUGGUGUUCAUCCCUGCAGAGGAGCGGCACGCGGAGCCCGAGACCGCGGCCGGGAGAGCACCGGGCGUGCCCACCGUCUGCCUGGGGACCGAGGAGGGGAGCAUUUCUGUGUAUAAAAGCAGUCAAGGCUCCAAGAAGGUGCGUCUGCAGCACUUCUUCACCCCGGACAAGUCCACGGUCCUGAGCCUCGCCUGCACACCCCAGAGCCUGUAUGCCGGCCUGGUCAAUGGCGCCGUGGCCGUCUAUGCGAAAGCAGAAGAUGGAUCCUGGAAUUCCGAACCUCAGAAAGUGAUAAAAUUAGGCGUCCUGCCGGUUAGAAGUCUUGUCACGACGGAGGACACGCUGUGGGCAGCUUCUGGGGGCCAGGUGUUCACAGUCAGCACCGAGACCCACGCGAUAGAGAACCAGCUCGAGGCCCACCAGGAAGAAGGCAUGGUGGUCUCUCACAUGGUCAUCGCUGGCGUGGGGAUCUGGAUCGCCUUCACCUCCGGGUCCACACUUCGCCUCUUUCACACUGAGACACUCAAGCAUCUGCAGGACAUCAACAUAGCCACCCCCGUUCACCAUAUGCUGCCAGGGCACCAGCGCCUGUCCGUGACCAGCCUGCUCGUCUGCCACGGCUUGCUGAUGGUCGGCACCAGCCUGGGCAUCGUGGUGGCCUUGCCCGUCCCGCGUCUGCAGGGCAUCCCCAAGGUGACUGGAAGAGGCAUGGUCUCCUACCACGCGCACAACGGGCCUGUCAAGUUCCUGGUCAUGGCCUCUGCCGCUGUCAGGACAGACAAGGACAAGCCUGCAGACAGCCCACCCCCCGGCACGGAGCCCCAGGACGAAGAGCAGAAGGAGGCGCUGCCCUGCGAGGGGCCCGGCCUGAGUCCGAGCGGCGCAGACGCCAUCUGGCUGGGGGACUCGCUGGGCUCUGUGACUCACCGAAGCGAUUUCUCCUCGUCCUCUGGGUCGCUGACCCCCUCACAGGGCUCGGGCUCCCUGGAGCCCAGAUCGGAGGAGAGCAUGGUCUAUGACCUCCUGCGGUUCCCCAGCGUCCUGCCGAGCAGAGGGCGGCGGGCCAGGAGGGCGAAAGCCAGCUCGGUGCUGGUGGCGUGUGGGGGCCAGGGCCACCGGCGGGUGAGCAGGAAGGCCCGGCAGCAGCGCCCAGAGGAGCUGGCCUCCUCUGUCAUGGUCUGGCAGAUCCCUCUGCUGAACGCGUGAGUCGGGGCGUUGGCGGCCGAGGACGGCUCUCAGCUGGGUUGGGUGACCUGGCGGGCUGUAGACUGUCUACACUGGUUGAGGAUGAAUUAGGUCUUUGGGGAAGGCAUGUGCAAUAUCGUUGUGGUGUCGUGGUGGUGGGUUCCUGCCGGCCCGUCCCCUCUGUCCACGCAGAGGCAGGUGCAGCUGCUGUGAGGAGGCAGCAUAAGGGGGCCGUCGGGAGCUGCGGGAGGGCACCCCGCGCUCCUGACCGCCGCAGUCCACGUACACGCCCGGGGUGCCCCAGACCGACUCCUGGGCCCUGCUACCCUGAGAAUUUGCAGACUGAGAACGUCUGGGAAGAUAUAGCCUAUUCAGUAGUAUGGACACUUACUAACAAUUCUUAGAAUAAUAACUUUACUUGAUUCAGAGUCACUGCUUUUAUUUAUAUUGUCUGUCUUUAAAUUCUGGAGUAGAGUUUGUAACAAUGAAGAAAGCCAGUGAACACACACCAGUCCAGUGGGUCUGCUGGACUGGUUUGCUUUCUGAAGCGAACUGGGUUUUCCAAAGUGGUACCCUGUGUGUAUUGUAUAUUUUAACAAAGUGGUAUUUUUAUAUUGCUUUUUUUGUCUAUUAAAAAUUAACAGUUAACGUUUCAGUCAAUACAUGAUCUGUAACAUUUCACAAAUAAUGUUUGCUUUGAACCAAAAUGCUCAAAACCUCAUCGACAUUUGGACUCGAGCAUCAACGCCAAACUCUUCCUCCCUCCUCGCGUCCAAGAGUAUUGAUGCCCAUGUUCGAAAAGUGUGUGUUUCCCUGUUGUAGGAAAUGUGCAGAGAGUGCGCUGGCCGGCUCUUUCACGGUGCUAGUCAGUGUGGCUGUGGGACGCGGGCCGAGGCGGGCAGCCCUGCCCUCAACGCGCCCCGUCCCUCAGCCGCAUCUCCCACGGGCGCACAGGCUCUGCUCUGCGCUCACGAAGCCGGUGCGCACGUCCGGGUGUGCGGCUGAGCAGCGAGUCUGUGGCUCCCCACGUGGAUUCAUCCAUCCGUGUUGUACUUACUGAGGGCUUUAAGACCGUUACUGCAGGCGUCACUGGAGGUAAAUUUCUCAGCACUUUACAGAUGACUAAAAAUGCUAAUUUUAUGACCCAGCCAAAUAUUUUCCAAGGUGCAUAUAUACCCCCACCGUGAAAGUAAUAUCUUCCCAAGCUUCCUUACAUUGUUAGUUGCUAUCUUAAAUCAUCAAUAAAGUCUUUUUAUUUAAAAAUA